CCAGUCGUCGCCGUGCUCCCGACCGGUUCGCCCACGUCGCCGUUGACCCCCCCGACCGCCGCCGGGCCUGCCCAUCAUCUCCACCAGGCCAGCGACUCCCCGCCGACCAUGAAGACUUCCUCCUUUUCCCUUAGGGUGAUGCGCAGGGCUCGCAACAAGCCUGCGGAUGGCAGCGGACACCUGGCCCAGAAGCAGGCGAGCCAGAGGACCCCCACGCACGGCCCCAAAGCGCCCUGCAAGCCGGGCCAGAAGCCGGCGGUGGCCCAGAAGGGCCAGCCCAUCAAGCAGGCCCCGGCCAAAGUGGCCGCAGCCAGCGUAGCCAAGACCACCAAGAAAACCAAGAAGGGAAAACACCACCAGCACGACCUCAUUGUCACCAUAAACCUGACGGAGUACGGCCUGUCCGAGGACCAGGUGGCCGAGUUCAAGGAGGCCUUCAUGCUCUUCGACAAGGACGAGGACGGCACCAUCACCAUGGCGGAGCUGGGCGUGGUGAUGCGCUCGCUGGGCCAGCGGCCGUCGGAGACGGAGCUGCGCGACAUGGUGAACGAGGUCGACCAGGACGGCAACGGCACCAUCGAGUUCAACGAGUUCCUGCAGAUGAUGUCGAAGAAGAUGAAGGACGCCGACGGCGAGGAGGAGCUGAAGGAGGCUUUCAGGGUGUUCGAUAAGAACAACGACGGGUUGAUAUCGUCGGUGGAGCUGCGCCACGUGAUGACCAGCCUGGGGGAGAGGCUGACCGAGGAGGAGGUCGACGAUAUGAUCAAGGAGGCCGAUUUGGAUGGCGAUGGUCAAGUAAAUUAUGAAGAAUUCGUGACUAUUCUGACGUCGAAGAAGUAA